AUGAGUGAAGAACUAAGUCCGCCUCCCAAGAAAACGAAAAUCGAGUUUGAAAAUGAGACAGGAGAGAUUGACUUCGCCGACGACACAAUAGUUGAGAACAAGUUUGAUAUAAAGGAUCGCUGUGAGAACUUCCUCACGACCCAGGAGUUGGAGCAGCUGAGGGAGUUCAAGGUCUUGGAUGAAGUGAAGGCAAAUGAUGAUGAUGAUAGUGAUGAUAACUCAGAGAAGAGUUCCACUGGAGUGCCCGAAGAGGAAUUAGAUAAGAUGUUAGAUGAAAAUCUGCCUGAAGAUUUUAAGUCAGCUCCCAAACCAAAAGACAAAACUUACGUGACGAGAACAAAAAUUGUGCUUGAAGAGAAGGGUGUGAAUCAGUUCGAGAAUCUUCCAUUGGAUUGGAUGAUGAUACGUCAUCACAGCGGUAUGCCGAUAUACAUGCAUCGUAGUACACGAGUUUGUACUCUAUCUAAGCCAUACUUCAUCGGCAAAGGGAACACCAGGAGACACGACAUACCUAUCAGCGCUAUACCAUGCUUAUUGUACCGUCGCGCGUUAGAAGAGGAAGAAAAACAGAAGCAGAUAGACAAACAAAUAGAAGAACAGAUCAAAACUAAGAUGUACACGCAGAAUACAGGCGAUAAUAAAGAUAUUAAAACCGAUGAAGAUACGUCUUCUGAGAAUACAAGUGAUUUUCCACCGAUUUUCAGCCAAUCGGAUAUAAAAUGGCGGACCGAUAUACAGUUCGAUGAGAACGUAAAUAUACAUCAGAACGAUAUAAAGCAAGAUGUCUGUGAUAGCAACGAUGCUGGACCGGAUUCAGUCGAACAGAAAUAUUCACUAAUAAACGACUGUCAGAACAAAAUUAGUGAUAAUAUGGAUGAAAUCACCAACGUGGUGGACAAAGCUUUUAAUGCGAUCGAAAAUAAAUGUCCACUGGCCAUGAAUAGGAAUGGUGAUAACGAUAAAUAUGACAGCCAAGUCGAAUACGAAGUUACAGUUAAAAUAGAAACCGAAACAUCGGAUAACGAGGAUUCUAUUAAGAAAGAGAUAAAUGAUGACGAUAAUAAUGAUCUGGAUUCAAAUGAUAUCAAAGAUGAUGAGCAGAAUCAAAAUGGCGGUGACGUGGAGGGGAUAGCUAAUAGACAGCCGGUAGUUUUGCCAGGCGGAAUAGUAAUGCCCCCACCACGAGUUGAAUCGGUUAACAGCAGUUGGAAAACGAAACUCUUGACCCCAGAACAGGUCACCGAAUAUUGCAAAAAGCUCUUCCACUUUAAGAGCCUUAAUAUAAUGCAUUUCAAGCGUUGGGCGGAUCGUAGGAAGUACACGAAAGCCCGUAAGACGCUCCAGUAUCCAACAUUACCAGCGGGGACAACGCUUAUAACUAUACCGGCUCAGAAUGGUGGCAAGACAGCGAAACGCGACUGGGUGAUGAAUAUGAACGGCCGGAGUUACCUGUCAGUGUUCCACGAAUAUGUUUGUAGAGCCUUGCAGAAACAGCCCGUGUACGAAUACAAACAACUAGAGAACGCAGCCACGCCGUAUCAAGCGGCGGUUUAUAUCGGCGGUAUGCAGUACGGCGUUGGCUACGGCUCGAGCAAGAGACAGGCGAAAUAUGCAGCGGCUCGAGCCUCCAUACAUAUACUGAUACCCGAGAUGAAGAACCACUUGGAGCCGCCGGCCGCCCAGCCGCAGAAUACGGAGACUGACUUCACGUUUUUCGACUACGUCGGCAUUGAAGAUCCUCGUAUAGCCGAGUUCUGCGCAGCGACCUGCGAGCCUUCACCCCAUGCGAUACUAAGAACGUGUCUACUGAGGAAUUUUGGUGCCGGAGAUAGACACAUACAUACUGAGAUGAAGAAGUUAGAGUAUCAGAAGACCGAGUUAACUAUGACUGUGGGGAAACACACCGCUACCGUUGUAUGUAAGAACAAGAAGACAGCUAAACAACGAGCCUCGCAGGCUAUACUACAGGCUCUACAUCCCCACGUCCGUUCGUGGGGUUCGUUGUUACGUCUCUACGGCUCGAGAUCUGUGAAGAGCUGCAAGGAAAAGAAGCUGGAGGAACAGCAGAUUACGCUGCUACAAGACAAAGCUAGGCAGAACGAGCCUAAUUACGCUGUCCUAGAUAAGCUUAGGCAUGAAAUGAUGAAGCUCAAAGAAAGGGAUGAGGCUGUCGUACCAAUCGGAACACUCCUACUAACAGAUGAUCUGCCAACGCAUUCCGGAUCGAAUCUGAAUAAUGUUGACUUGUGA